AUGGCGCAGGCUAUAACUGAGGUCUUCAUGACACAUGGCGCUUUGGUGACAGUCCUGUCACCAUUAAUCCUGUCGGCCGCUGCCGAAUUGCAGGAGCACAUGGACAGCGACAACUCUGGGAUCAGCAGCCUGCCUGUGUGGACACAGAUUCAAGGGGAUGAUCGCCGAAUUCAAGGCCAUCCCCUCUUCCCCGCCACACUCCAUUAUGAAAGUGACUCUCGGUCGCCGUCUCCUCAAGCCGGCCCCUCAAAAACUCCUGCCUUGCCUGCCAAAGAACGGGGGCGAGGAACUCACCACCCGGCGAUCUCCAAGAAGCAGCGUGGCAAGUCCAGAGCUAUCAUCACGACCGAUGAUGAGCUUGAUGAGGACUCUGACGAGGUGGCCCCACCGCCAACUAAACCCAAAGUUGCAGACCCACCAUCUCGCAAAACCGACCAGUAUGUAGAGGUCACUACCAAGGACAAGAUGGACGCCGAUGAAGAGCGCGUUAUCACGGUCGUGCUGAAGAUGGGUGCUAAGAAAAUCACCAACUUUUCAGGUGCCAUCUUGACAGAAGAUGAGUUCACCGAUACUUCAGCGCCCACAUGGGCUCCUCGCUGUGGCCAAUGUGUGGCCCGCGAUCUCAUCUGCUGUCAGGGCUUCAACAAGAAUAACAGCUGGACGUUGAAGGUUUGUGCGCUGUGCAGCCGCCUCAAGAUUUGUUGCGGUGGGAAAGGCUCCAAUCCUCCCUCAGCCAAAGGCAAGUCCUCGGCUGCCCGCCGAGCGCAUUCCCAGUCCCGGUGCCGCCCUUCGCCAAUACAAGAAGAUCCAGCUCCAGACGCCAGCCCGUUGGUCGAGGAAGAGCCGGCGCCUCCUGCAACCCCGGUGGCUGCCAAUCCCGAGUCGUCCCAAAUGCAGGAUGAUCCCGAGGCUGCCAGCCCAUCACCCAUCUUGCUGCCAUCCUGUGUUGCCCAUGAACAGGAAAUGGAAGCGCUGAAACUGGAAGUUGCCAGGCUUCGUUCGACCGUCAAAGUUCUGGUAGCUCAGGUGGUGGCAGGCGACCAGCUGCUACAAGCUGCAUACACGCGCUUGGAUGUGCAAGAUAACCGCACCGAUCUGCUUGCCGGCAGGAUCGCCGAUAUUUACCGCCUCGUCGAUCCGCCGUCCUCGGCGCCCCCCACAGAUAUCGCUGCUGAUGAGUGUCAUGACUUGGCUGCUGGUCCAGCCAAUGACAUGGAGGAUUCGGCAUGCUUGCCGAUUGUCAUCAAGACUCCUGAGGCAGAGGACUCUAAUGUUUCUGGUGAGCCGGCAAUGUAA